AUGCUGAAUGCGGCGGGGGAGAACGACGGUCGGAAAGCAGGCUGGCGCGUCCGGAAAGCGGCGGGGUCGGAAGCGGCGGGGGUCGAUCCCCCGCCGAAGGCGGCCGGGGUAACCGGCGCCAGCGGGCUGCUUCCCGUCUCUGCCGAUAGCCCAGAUGGCUUCGCACUAGAGGCACAUUUCUGUGAUGGCCAAAAUGAUAGCAAUGGAUUGAGCUAUACUGCGAUGAUGUACUUUGAAAAAUUGUUCAAAAAAAUACCUGUGCUUGUGGAUUUCACAAAAGAGAUAGACACUCGUAUACCGUCUCAUGGCCUCACCUCGCUUCGAUCUCAUCGCAACUUUCGGACACAACAUGAAUACAGUAGCGCAGUGGCCUCGCCCUUCGACUACGGCCGUCGAAUAAUCGAAUGUCGAGAGAACGCGUUUAUUUACGACGGCAUCGGAGACAUUUAG